AUGUGGUUCAUAGCUAUAUUAGCUUAUAUCCCAAUCUUCAUACAAUUGAGUUUUGUUGGAGCUACUGGCGUUUCUACUGCUCAAUGUGCAAUCUAUGGGAAUUGCGGUAAGAAAUCCUUAUUUGGAACAGAAUUGCCAUGUCCUGUUCAGCAGGAUUUCCAACCCGAACCAGCAUCAGAUGAAUUGAAAGAAUUGGUCGUAAGCGUGUGUGGAGAAGAAUGGCAAGAUAUUGAUACUCUUUGUUGCACUAAAGAUCAAGUGGUAAAUUUAAGGAAUAAUUUGAAAAAAGCUCAAAACAUAAUAGCAUCAUGCCCAGCAUGUACUAAAAACUUCAACAACUUAUUCUGUCACUUUACAUGCUCCCCUGAACAGAGGAAUUUUAUCAAUGUCACUAAAACCCAAGAGUCUAUGGAUCACAAAGAGGUUGUAUCUGAAUUAGACUUCUUUGUAAAUUCAACAUGGGCUUCAGCGUUUUAUGAUUCCUGUAAAGAGGUGAAAUUUUCUGCUACCAAUGGGUAUGCUAUGGACUUAAUUGGUGGUGGAGCUAAUGACUACCAACAUUUUUUGAAGUUUCUUGGUGAUGAAAAGCCACUAAUCGGCGGUUCUCCGUUUCAAAUCAAUUACCUCUACAAUUCAAAUUAUCCAUUCAGAGAAUUCAAUGACGCUGUAUAUGCCUGUGACGACCCGCAGUACAAAUGUGCUUGUGCAGAUUGUGAUUCUUCAUGCCCCCGUUUAGAUCCUUUAAAAAAAGGUACCUGUAAAGUCGGCAAGUUGAACUGUUUUUCCUUCUCAGUUUUGAUGGUUUAUGCAGCAUUAUUUGCUGCUAUUGGAAUAUUCCAUAUCUAUCUUUUCAAAUUCAAGGGAAGAAAGUCGCCUAUAAUCGAUGAAGAUCAUUCGGCAAUCAAUUCUAGAAUGACGUCUAGAGAUCGGCUCUUCGAGAUGUAUGAUACUAAGUCCUAUAAUAUCAACAGUAAGAUCUCUUCUGCACUGGGCGGAGUGUCACGCUACGCUGUCAAUAAUCCCUAUUUUAUAUUGGCGCUUACCGCUGGGAUUGUGGCCGUUCUGGGAUUGUCAUUAUACGAGUUUGGUGAGCUAGAGACUGAUCCAAUAAACUUAUGGGUUAACAAGAAUGAUCCCAAAUAUCAGGAAAAAUUGUAUUUUGAUGAAAAAUUUGGUGAAUUCUACAGAGUGGAACAGGUCUUUGUUGUCAAUGAAACUGGAUCUGUCCUUUCUUAUGAUACAAUGAAAUGGUGGUUUGACGUGGAAAAGCAUAUAACAGAAUCUAUCAAAUCUGUUGAUGGUGUCAGUUAUCAGGAUCUAUGCUUUAGGCCUACAGAUGAAUCUACAUGUGUGGUGGAAUCUUUCACCCAGUAUUUUCAAGGCGAACUACCUCCUGAGAUCGGUUGGAAAGAUCAACUAAAAGCAUGUACUGACUCGCCAGUGAACUGUCUUCCAACUUUUCAGCAGCCCUUACCAGAAAAUCUUCUAUUCAGCGAAGAUAACGUCUUUGCAUCUCAUGCAUUUGUAGUGACAUUGCUAGUGGAUGACCACUCUAAUGCCGCUGUUCUGUGGGAAGAAGAAUUGGAAAGGUAUCUUUUGAAUUUAGAUAUUCCAGAAGGAUUGAGGAUAAGUUUCAACACGGACAUGUCUCUUGAAAAAGAGCUCAAUGGUAAUAAUGAUGUUUGGAUUGUCUGUGCAUCAUACUUCGUCAUGUUUCUAUAUGCCUCAUGGGCAUUGCGGAAAAAUGGUGUGGAGAGUAGAUGGCUCUUGGGGUUUGCAGGUAUUACAGUAGUUGCAUUUUCCGUAGUUUGUGCUGCAGGUCUUCUGAGCUUAUUGGGGCUAAAAUCUACUUUGAUUAUCGCAGAAGUGAUUCCAUUUUUGAUUUUGGCCAUAGGGAUUGACAAUAUCUUCUUAAUAACCCAUGAAUAUGACAGAAUUGCAGAUGAAUGUCCAGCGAUGGCCACUGGUGAUAGGAUAGUGAAAGCUGUUCAGCGAAUUGCUCCAUCGAUUCUAGCAUCUCUUGUCUGUCAAGCUGGAUGUUUCCUUAUUGCAGCAUUUGUCUCAAUGCCUGCUGUUCACAAUUUUGCGCUUUAUUCUGCUUUAGCAGUUUUCUUCAACGUGGUUCUGCAAUUAACCGCCUAUGUGGCAGUUUUAGCUCUUUAUGAAAGGGAAUUUUCGGUCCGAUUACCAGUGGGAGUUGAAAAGGAGAGCACGAUAUUUGGUCCCAAAUAUUUCAAUUUUGUCUCUAAAAAGAUGAAAGUUUUGGGUUUAUUUGUUUCUUAUGCCCUUAUAUCUUUAAUAUUCGUCCCUGGGAUUGAAUUUGGAUUAGACCAAACUUUGGCAGUCCCUCAAAACUCCUACCUGGUUGAUUAUUUCAAGGACGUUUAUCAAUAUUUGAAUGUGGGUCCACCAGUAUUUUUUGUAGUCAAGGAUUUAGAUCUAACCAGGAGAGAAAACCAACAAAAAUUAUGCGGCAAGUUUACUACCUGUGACGCUAUAUCUCUGAACAAUGUCUUAGAGCAAGAGAGAAAACGUUCAACAGUUACCGAACCUGUUGCAAAUUGGCUUGAUGAUUUUUUAAUGUUUUUGAAUCCACAAUUAGAUCAAUGUUGUCGCUUUAAGAAAGGGUCUCAUGAUGUCUGUCCCCCAACUUUUCCAACUAGACGUUGUGAAACCUGUUAUGAAGAAGGCCAAUGGAAUUAUGAUAUGUCCGGAUUGCCUGAAGGACAGAAAUUUCUUGAUUUCAUGGAUAUUUGGAUUAAUUCUCCUAGCGACCCAUGCCCUUUGGGUGGUAAGGCACCAUAUUCUCGUGCAAUUGCGUAUAACGGAACCUCUAUUGAAGCUUCCACUUUCAGAUCAUCUCACAAGCCACUUACCUCACAGAAUGAUUUCAUCCAAGCCUAUGACGACGCUAUCAGAAUAAGUCAGUCCUUUGAAGAUUUGGAUGUCUUUGCAUAUUCUCCAUUCUACAUUUUCUUUGUACAAUACAAAUCACUGUUGUCAUCUACGUUGAAAUUGAUAGGAGGUGCUCUUGGUCUAAUCUUCGUGGUUUCUGCAGCUUUAUUGGGUUCGAUCCAAACCGCAGUCAUAUUAACGAUUACAGUUUUAAUGGUAUUGGUAGAUAUUGCAGCUUUCAUGGCAUGGUUCCAGAUCCCUCUAAAUGCCGUUAGUUUGGUGAAUUUCAUUAUUUGCGUGGGACUGGCAGUAGAAUUCUGUAUUCAUAUCGCCAGGGCUUUCACCAUUGUUCCUUAUGGUACAAAGAAAGACAGAGAUUCAAGGAUUAAAUACGCCAUGACUACAGUAGGUGACUCGGUCUUUAAAGGUAUUACGAUGACAAAGUUCAUAGGAGUAUGUGUGUUAGCGUUUGCUAAGUCCAAGAUCUUUCAGGUGUUCUACUUCCGUAUGUGGUUCUCAUUGAUCAUACUAGCCUCAGUACACGCUCUAGUCUUUUUGCCAAUUUUAUUAUCGCUGGCCGGUGGUAAGAGCUAUGUGGAUGAAUCAAUGGAUGUAGAACCAAGAGAUGGCAAUUCAGAGAAUAAUUAA